CACGAUCACGUGCGUCAGGUCAGGUUUGAUAAAUCAUCACCCUCCUCAUCAUCAGCACAGUACAUUGUAGUUAUUAAUCCAAAGCGCAAUAAAACAUAACAAAAAAUAUAAUUAAACGUUUAAAGUGAUCAGUAAAUAACAGAAUGAAACAAAACGAAAUCAUCUGAGAUAUCUAGUGGUCAAUAUGUGCGUUCUGAUUGUCUUUGUUAGUGACAACCACAGAGCUCCAUCUAUCUGUGUAUCUGUUGUAUAGUGCCUUUCCAAAUCUAUAUGUCUAUCAGAUAUGAAGACCGUACGAGACAGAUACUAUAGAUACGGGAAAUACCGUAAAACAGUCAGGCAUAACGGCACUAUAUAAUAGAGCUAGACAUAUAGAUAAGGCACUGUAUAUCUAUCAGUUAUGUAGUUGACUCGACAUUUCACUUCACUAUCCAAUGUUCUCAGCCGCUCCCGAGUAUUGACUGAUUUCCCGGUUGUGGUUCAGCGACUCUGAGUGCGUUUUCGUUCUCAAGUGUGUCCGGCGCUCUGGGGGGGCCGGCUGUCCUCUCUCUGGCUCCAGUGACCGCCACGUGGCCUUGUUCUUCUGUCCAGUGGCUUGUCCCACGUUUGCCUACUCUGAUAAUUGGGCCCAGCUGGAGGGUCACCUUCUGAUGCCUCAUUAGGUGGCACGGCCGAGUCUUUUAUGUCAGGCUUGUGUGAAGAGCGUGUGAGCGCCUUGAUCUCAGAGUAGUGGGCCCCAGCCCCCUUUAAGACCCCCACCUCAAUACACAUCCUGCUCUGCUGGCCUUUACAAUUCAAAGUGCCGGCUGUCGGUGUGACGCUGCUAAGCAGGUGCCACUGACAGGACAGUUGCAGAGGAGGCAGAUUUGACACCCCAGUCUGUGUGCAGCCUUAUAAAAGGGGGUCCUUGAACCCACAACAGCAGACAGACGACUGCAGGGUUGCCGUAAGCAGCCUUGAACUUUAGUAUUUAUUGACGAUUAAAUUAUUAGGAAGCUUGCUGCACAGAAAAGGAACGACUUUAUUUUAGAAAAAGACAGAAGCAUGGCGAUGGCACUCCUCUGUGUCCAGCUGCUUUUCAUGGCAGUCCUAAGCAGUGCUUACUCACCUGGGGGGCACACUGCCACCCAUGAUGAAGACAUGGCGUCCUCUGGCAUUGGCAGCGAUUACGACGAGCCCUUGCAGGGCACAGUGAGAGUCAUCCAGGCCAGUUCUGCUCUCCUGAAGACGUCUCCUCUUUUUACAAGGCGACUUGAUGCCAGGCCCCGGGCGCUGGGCAGGGGUCCGCUACCACCAUUUUUAGCCCUGGGUAGACCAGGACCUGCUCUGUCUCAGUUGAACAAGCCGUUGCCACCCGCCAUGGAAGAACCUGGAGAGAAGCAAAGAAAAGGCCUGGAAAUGUGGAAGGCGGCCAUCAAAAAAGACCUCUUCACGGCCCCAGUGGACUUAAAGGAGCAGGAAACGACCGAGGGGGGCUGCACUGCCAUCUCCUUCUCACAGCGCCUUUCGGCUCCUGGAUGUGACGCGGUGACCCUGCGGAACAAGCUGUGCUUCGGCCGCUGCAGCUCCCUGUACGUCCCCGAGGCCCAGGAAGCGAGCGCCGUCACCUGCUCCCGCUGCGCCCCCAUCAAGACCCGGUUGGUCAGCAUCCCGCUGCGCUGCCUGGGCGGCAGGAGGGUCCUUGAGCGGCGGGUGACGCUGGUCUACGAGUGCAAGUGCGAGAUGUCCAGCGAGGCGGAGAGAUGGCAGGCGUUCGGCUCGCUCCGUCAUCUCAAGCGCGAGUCGCCGUCGGCCGGUGCCUUGAAGCUGCAGAGUGUCGCGCGGGGGUUCGCGUGACGGCGUGGAGCGCGUGGUCGGCUUUGACCCGACGGCUCUGGUGGUCGCUCUGCCAUCUGGAACACUUUUUUUUUUUCUCGACGAUGGCCGCUGUUGUGCCUGAUUGUUGCCUUGACCUGCGGGGUCUCCUCGCGGUGGUGUCGUUUGUAGCGCUUAUUUGUUGUUGUCGCCCUGUGUCCUUCCAUGUGACAGCCGUCUUCAAAGACGGGGACAGCUAGUUGAUGUGCAAUCAAUAAAGAGAUUCAACUCUCUG